AUGAUAAAUCAGCAGCUGUUCCGCAAGCAUUCCGUCAUGCCGACUUGUGAUCGCACGAGGAGGAAAGCUGAAGAGCACAUGAUGAAAAUGGGUAGGAAGCACAUCACUGAUGAGAAUACAAGUGUGACUGGUGUAAUGGGUCUCGAUGGAUAUCCCGCCAGCGCCGCUGCGAUGAUCGUAGUCGAAUCGUUCCAAGGUUGGUGGAUACACACCUGCUCCAUACACACAUACCUACGUGCUACCAACCUAGUGAUCGUAGCGGUGAUGAGAAAUAAGCUUGGAAGUGCAGCGAUGGCUUGCUGGAAUGCAUUGGGUGGAGAAGGGAGAAUUCCAGUGGCUUAUGACUCAACAAAGACUGCCGUCGAUGUUGAACCGAAUGGUGUAUGCACAGGUGAUGAUGAAUCAAUACACGCCCUACACUUGUGUUGCAAUGCAGCCGAGCGCGUUGAGGUCUGCGUGUUCGCCACGAAGCAUAAGAGGUUGACACGCCCGCCUGACCCUCCCUUCUAUCCCAUCACAAACUGUCCAUACCCAAAAGCUCGUCAGAGCAUGCAAAUGUCCUUGGUCGUUCCGUCGAUCAAAGCAAAGAUCCCUUCCCCUCUCGGAGAGAUCGACAUCGCUGACGCCCAGGGUCUCUUAAAUCAUCAUCGCCGCCGCUUUGUGCUUGUUGCCAACAAGCCGCGGUGA